AUGCAAAGAGUCGUCGUCACAGGCCUGGGAGCAGUGACACCUUUAGGACUAGGUGCUCCGCGUACCUGGAAAAGAUUGCUGGAUAGCAAAUGUGGCAUUGUCUCUCUUGCUGGCAGGAGUGAAGCCCAUGCGCAACAGCAAUGCCAAGUCGCAGGUCUCGUUCCACGGGGAAAGAAAGAGGAUGGCGGCUGGACUGCAGGCGAAUGGUUGAGUGGUGAUGAGCAGCGCAGAAUGUCAACAUUCAUGCAGUACGCUAUGCUGGCCUCGAGCGAGGCUCUCGAGGAUGCGGUAUGGCGGCCAAAAACUGAUCAUCAGCGUGAAAUGACCGGCGUAUGUCUAGGCUCUGGUAUUGGAAGUCUAGAAGUGCAGUAUCAGACCUCGAUCCAUCUCUACCAAGGUGGUCCAAAAAAGGUCUCUCCCUUGUUCGUACCUAAGCUCCUCAUAAAUUUAGCUGCUGGUCACAUAGCCAUGAAAUAUGGCUUCAAGGGCCCUUCCCACGCCACAACAACCGCCUGCACCACCGGGGCUCACUCUAUAGGUGACGCCUCACGCUUCAUUGCCUUUGGCGACGCAGACGUAAUGAUAGCUGGUGGCUCAGAGUCCUGCAUCCACCCUCUUGCCUUCGUCGGGUUCGAACGCUCCCGCUCUCUAACCACUUCCUUCAAUCAUGCCCCUGAGCAGGCCUCUCGCCCAUUCGAUGCGGCUCGGGAUGGUUUCGUGAUUGGAGAAGGAGCUGCUGUACUCGUCCUUGAGUCUCUCCCCCACGCACUUGCUCGUGGUGCCCACAUCUAUGCCGAGGUUGCCGGCUAUGGCACCUCCUCUGACGCGCACCACAUGACCGCCCCUCCCUCGGACGGUAAUGGUGCCUUUCGUGCUAUGCGUUUGGCGCUCAAGAAUGCUUCUCUGCCACCUGGCAGUGUCGAUUAUAUAAAUGCACAUGCUACUUCCACUUCCUUGGGUGACCUCGCCGAAAACCGCGCAAUCAAGGCAUUGAUGUUGGGAGAGAACGGUAAAAAGCAUGCAAAGGAGAUUAAUGUUAGCAGUACGAAAGGUGCUGUGGGACAUCUCCUGGGUGCGGCAGGAGCAGUGGAAGCAUUGUUCUCUGUUUUGGCAAUCAGAGACGGGAUCUUACCGCCGACAUUGAACUUGACAGAUUUGGAAGGAUCGGAGUUCAGUUGCAAUUACGUUGCUCUGGAGGCGCAAAAGAGUAAAGUAAAUGUGGUGCUCUCGAACAGUUUCGGGUUUGGUGGAACCAAUGCAAGCUUGUGCUUUAGACUGUAUGAAGGAAAGUAG